AUGGCGGCAGGAGGAGCAGUAGGCGGAGGAUCAUCGUCCGCCGGACGUACUCCGACGUGGAAAGAGAGGGAGAACAAUAAGAAGAGAGAGAGGAGGAGAAGAGCCAUCACGGCUAAGAUUUACUCUGGUCUCAGAGCUCAAGGCAACUAUAAGCUCCCCAAGCACUGCGAUAACAACGAGGUCCUCAAAGCUCUUUGCCUCGAAGCUGGUUGGAUCGUCGAAGAAGACGGCACCACUUAUCGCAAGGGUUUUAAGCCACCGGCGUCAGAAAUCUCAUUAACUCCAACAAACUUCAGCACAAACUCUUCAAUGCAAGCAAGUCCACAAUCAUCUGCAUUUCCAAGCCCUGCACCAUCCUACCAUGGAAGUCCAGUCUCAUCUUCCUUCCCAAGUCCAUCUCGUAACUCUUCCUCAUCAUACCUUCUCCUCCCUUUCCUCCACAACAUCGCUUCUUCCAUCCCCGCAAACCUCCCUCCUCUCAGAAUAUCCAACAGCGCUCCGGUAACUCCACCGCUAUCCUCUCCAACUUCUCGUGGCUCCAAGCGGAAACUCACUCCAGAGCAGUUACCAAACGGCGGGUCUCUGAGGCAUCCGCUUUUCGCUAUCUCAGCUCCGUCUAGUCCUACACGCCGUAACGGUCACCAAACGCCGCCGACGAUACCGGAAUGCGACGAGUCUGAGGAGGAUUCGAUUGAGGAUUCAGGGCGGUGGAUUAAUUUUCAGUCCACAGCUCCUCCUUCACCAACGUACAAUCUUGUUCAGCAGACGUCUAUGGCUAUGGCUAUUGAUAUGAAGAGAUCAGAGUGGGGGAUGAGCGGGAGAGUUUCGGAGUUUGAGUUUGAGAAUGGAACGGUUAAGCCGUGGGAAGGAGAAAUGAUUCAUGAAGUUGGUGUAGAAGAUCUCGAGCUCACUCUCGGCGGCACUAAAACCAGAUGCUGA